UAACAGCCGUUUAGUAGGCUUGGCGACGCGACCGAUGGUCAAAUAAAAUUAGCAAAAUGCACAGCGGAAUAUGACGAAACACGUUUCUUUCAUGGGAAACUGAGAUAAGUGAAUAUAUUUAGCUUUAGUUGUGUCGAAACCUUGUCUGUGUUAACGUCUAUAAAAAACUAUGUCCACGUUAACUAUUGAUCAGGACCCUCACGAUAAGCCUUGUUGUAAUUGCUUUGGAAAACGGGCGCGGUACAAAAGUGAAAAAAGUCUGAACGGACAUAGUGCCAUAGUGUGCGAAAAACUUGAAUUUCCAAUGGUAGGUGAGAAAUCGCCCGAUUUAUUCUUUUCUUUUUUUUUAAUUUCACGCAUUUCUUUUCCGGUGCAAAAUGUGGAUUACGGGCGUGGAAGUUUCCAAUUAAUUUCGAAUAUUCACAAGCCCGUGGCGUACGCCGAAGAUCUUCCUAAUGCGCUUGCCAAAGGAAGUACGAUCGUCGUCAGCGGAUUCAUACAUCCAGACUGUUCAAGAUUUGCCAUUAAUCUCACCAGCCCCAACAAAAGUGGCGACGUCGACAUACCCCUUCACUUCAAUCCGAGAUUGGAUCGCCAUUACAUCGUGAGAAACUCGAGGAAACGUGGGCGAUGGGAUGAGGAGGAAACUGCGUCCGCUGUCAAAAGUAAUCUCGAACGAAACAAAAAUUUUGAAGUGGUUGUGUUUGUUGCGACUGAAGAGUUCCUCAUUUCCGUUAAUGGUGUUCAUUUCUGCGGGUUUUCUUUUCGAUUUCCGCUGAAUACGUGCAAAAGACUAGAGAUCGAAGGCCUGGUCGAUGUCAGUCGGGUGUCGUUUAAGAAUUGGUCUAGUUACCCCGAAGACAACCCGGAAAGGAUACCACGCAUAGAAUUUGCUAAACAAGACGAAGAAGCUGUUACCUCGCAGAUCCUGGCGCUGCCUUACACCGGAAAUUUGCCAGAAGGAUUCGAAGAAGGGUGGCAGUUGGAAAUCAGCGGACGUAUCAAACUUUUACCGCAUUCAUUUUACAUAAAUUUACAAGAUGGAGCUCAGCUGUGGCCUCAUCCAAUUAUUUUCCUGCACUUAAAUCCCAGAUUUAAUACGUCGGCCGGCGAGAAUGUUUUUAUAAGAAAUGCACGAUAUGGGGAUCAAUGGGGUCCAGAAGAAAGAACCCGAAUGUUUCCAUUUACUCCCGGAUCACCAUUUACAAUUGCGAUCCGGCGAGGAUUUGAUCGGCUUUCCAUUUGGGUUGAUGGACAGUUAAGUGGUGAAUUUAAAAUUGAAGGACAACUUACGGGAAUUAAUACUGUUUAUAUACAGGGUGAUAUAGUGCUUUAUGAAAUUUUUAUGCAUAAAAAAUAUGUUGAGUUCAACAAAUGAAUGUUUGUUUUAAAUGUUUUAUUUAUUACACAUUUUAUACAAUUA